AUAUAUCCAAACUGGCACAGAGAGCUACCAGGGAAGUGUUGUUUUCAGGGAGAGGCUUCACUUAAUGCUGGGAAAUGGAAAACACAGUCAAAAGAGGUUGAAGAUUCAGGGGAAGGAUGCAACAAAAGAUUUUGGAAGGUGGCAAAGAAUAGGGGUUGUGUAGGAUUGGGGGAUUAAAAGGAGCUGUGAAGAUAAGAAUUGGAUGAAAAUGGAUGAUCUGGGGCUUCUGAUAAUUGAAAUAAGUAGGGAUGUGAGCAGGCUCUCAAUUCAUUUCAGUUCGUUGCUACCAGUACCUAUUAUGUGCUGCACGCUGGGCUCAGCACUGGAGUGGCAAGGCAGUAACAGUUAAUACCCAAGCAGUGACUUAACAAUGACCUGAUGAACCAUAUGCCUCUAACAGAGCCUCCUAGAGAUAAGCCAUCUAACACAUGCUUUCAUGAGCUGUCUUGGAUUAUGGGCUGCUAGGGAUCCUGAUCCUAGGCCCUUUCUAACCAGAGUUCAACCAACUUUUAUCCUAAUAAGGGUAGAAAAUUGUGGACAAAGAAGACUGAAGUUUUUAUGCCAGUGCCAGGGAGGACACUUUGGUAGGCAUUAUGCUUGCCCCUUACAAGGUUGAAGAAAUAUGGAUGCCAACACCAAACUGGUCAUCAGCACCUUUAUUACCAGCUUUGUCACCUUUCAACUUCUUUUCCACUUUGUAAGUUCUUGGUUUUCAGCAAAAGUUUCUCCAGGUUAUAAUAGUCUCAGCUAUGAAAAGAAGACUGAAUGGAACUCAAGGGUAGUAUCCACAUGCCAUUCUUUGGUAGUCGGGUUUUUUUGCCUGUAUAUUGUGUUUUUUGAUGAGGCUACCAGAGCCGAUCCUCUUUGGGGUGAUCCAUCGCUUGUGAAAGUGAAUCUUGCUAUUGCUUCAGCCUACCUCAUUUCUGAUUUGUUGCUUCUCAUUUUGUAUUGGAAAGUGAUUGGUGACAAAUUUUUUAUAAUUCAUCAUUGUGCAGCGCUGUAUGCAUACCACUUUGUAAUGAAAUAUGGAGUGCUGGCCUACCAUGGGAAUUUUCGCCUGCUUGCAGAGCUUUCUAGUCCUUUUGUGAAUCAGCGGUGGUUCUUUGAAAGUCUCAAGUACCCUAAGUUUUCCAAAGCUAAUGUCAUCAAUGGAAUUCUCAUGACAGUGGUGUUCUUCAUCGUGCGGAUUGCCAUGAUACCGCCUUACUAUAGCUACAUCUAUUCUGUGAUAGGAACAGAAGCCUACGUGAGACUUGGAUUUGUAAUCCAGUGUUCCUGGAUCAGCACAUGUGUUAUUUUGGAUGUGAUGAAUGUCAUGUGGAUGAUCAAAAUUUCAAAGGGGUGCAUCAAAGUCAUCUCUCUGGCCAUACAAGAGAAAGCCCGAAAUAGUCUUCAAAAUGGAAAACUUGACUAAAAUUGGAUGUUGACAAGCAAACUUCAUUACUACCUGGCAUUUAUAUCUGCUGAUAGGAUGAGUUCUUGGCAUGUUCUUGUACUUCUUUACUAAUUACAAUCAUUCUUAAGGGUUUCAGUCUCAUUUUUUUUAACUUUAGGAAAUAACUAAAAUUUAAGUUAUUCCAAGAUUUAUUUUCUGCUUCUGCUUUAUAAGCAUGGAUACAAUCUUAAAGGUUUAAAUAAAAAUUUAUAAAUAUAGUGGCAAAUCUUUUCAGAAAUCAGUAAACCUGCAUUGGUAUUUUUCCUCUGUGAAAAGAUGGCUAUGUUAAUUUGAUGCAUUUGGUUUUGUGUCAUUGGCUUUGCUAACAAAAUGAGAACUGCUUUUAAAUCUGUAAAUAGCUUUCAACUUUUUGUUGUUCUGCACUCUUUUCUUACUAUAGCUAUCAAUACCUGUGUAGGGUUUGAUUUCUAAAUUUCAUUAAAAUGUGUUUUGUUUUUUUUUUUAGGUUAUUGGAAGUGUUGUAUUUUUCAUUUCAGAUAUGCAAUUACCUAUUAAUGAUGAGGUACUUUGCUCAUUUUGGAAAUACUCAAUUAGCUCAGUCAUGAAAAAUACUUGCUGCAUUUUAAAAUUUUUCAGAUGUCACUUUCUUAUUUCUAUUUUAAGCAUUUUAUCAAAUUUUUACCUUUUUGUUUUAUAGCAAGGCUUAAGACCUUAUAUGAGGCUUAAGAUCUUAUAAACUUCUUUAAGAGGUGAAUUACUUCUUAAAAUGCAAUUGAUAGACAACUAUUUAGUCAAACGAGAAUCAUUAAGAAAAAAAAGCUUUAACACUGCUGUCCCUAUCUGCUUUUUUUGUGCUUUUUCUAUUAAAAAUGUAUUAUUCCUCCUUGCAAAAUCUUCCCUGAAUUCAGAACCAACAUCAUCAGUACCAAAGUCUGAUGCAUUGUAUAUUCACCGUGCUUCUAAUGUAGGCCUCUUCUUAAUGAGGACAUACAUCCAAGCAAAGUCAGUAUUCAUGUUUUACUCAGUUUAUACCCAAAGCCAGCAUUUUAAGUGCUUUGAAUUUCUAUCUUUCCUAAAGGACAGGGGGGGAGAAAAGGUAAUUUAAUCAUAAGUAUUCUGAUUAUCAAAAUUAUUAUCUUAUUAUGUGAAGAUAAAAGCCUUGGUUUAGUUUUAUGUGUUUUUGCUUUUGUUUUGGUUCUUACAACCCAAAUGUAGCAAAAAAUAUUAAGCAAGUAUUGCCUUUAAUUACUUUUCUCAAGUAUUUGCCUUUAAUAACUGCACUUACCUAAGAAAAAAAGAAGCUUAAUUCAACCGGUAAUGAACACCUGAACUUAAUUCAACCCAAACCAAAAGAUCUAAUCCAUUCAGUUACUCAGUUUAAAAGAGAAUGUUUGGCUCACUUUCAUUGUUCAGGUUAUGAUGAAGGGAGGCUGGCUGAAUAUAAUCAGGACUUUUGAUUUGAUUUGAUUUGAUUUGAUUUGAUUUGAUUUGAUUUGAUUUGGCUGUUUAGUGCAGAGAGCACCUAAUAAGUUUUAGAACAUUGAAAGAAAAGAAUUGAAAUUUUAGUCAAGAACUAAAUAAUUAAAUGAGGUCAAUUGGAUUAUACUAGGUACAUUUAUUUUUGAAAGAUUUAAAGUAAUGUGAAACAUAUUUGUUUUUAAAGCUAUUGCUAUUACAUCAAAAUUUGUUACAACACUCAAUGUGUUUCACAUCACAGGCACUUAAAUAGUUAUUGGUUGUUUCCAGGAGGUAGGAAAGCAAGUGAUUUUAUCUUGUUCCUGCUGUUCUGCAAGAAAAUUGGUUGUUUUUGUUUUUUAAAGGAAAACAUUUAUAUUAUAAAACUAUUUUGGAAAUUCAUUCCUUUAGAAAGAAAUAAAAAUUGAGAUAAGUAUUUUUGACUCUUUUGAUAUUCAUAUAGUUCUAAACACAGAUUUUUAAACCCACUAUUAAAAUGAAGUCAAUAUAAAACUAUAAUAUUAGCAAAUAUCUAAUAGCAAUUUCAGUUUUUAUAGGUCCUGUUUUGUGCUUAAAACUUAAUUUUUACCUUCAUCGACAGUACCUUACAUAGUUGCUCACUAAAUAAAUAUAUUUACAAUAUCAAAGUUUUGAACUAAAGUUUGUUAUUUCUUUAGUCAACAAUCUUUAUUUUAUGCUGGCUUUAUGACUUGAAUUCAACAUCCAGAUGCAACAUGCAAAAGCUGGUUCUGCAUAUUUCCUCAUAAAACAGACAUGGAAAUGGAAGAAAUACAAACCGACAUGCUAUUUUAAGUCAAAUCUUUAUAAAAGCUAUAUUUUGCUGUUCUGUGAUCACAUCCCCCUGUCCAAGAUACAGAUAGUUAAUAACAGAACAUAUCGUUUAUUGAACAGUGAACUUUUCAUUUACUAAAUGAUGAACUUUCGCUAGAAAUUUUAAUUAAGUAUUUUUUUACUACUUGGAACAAUUUAAAUGACUCUAUUAGGCAUUCUGAUAUUGAACAAUUUGGUUGAAAUCUUUAUAGAAAAUAAAAGUAAAUUGUUACAAAUUUCUAAGCAACUGUAUUUUUGUAGAAAAAGAUUAGUGACAACCUAUGACAAUAGAGAUGUUAUUUGUGUAGUGUUCUAGAAAAUAAAAAUUCUUAAAAAAACUUAAUCAAGGAAAAUCAAUGAAAUAACAUGCAAGAUAAGAGAUUCUGCAUUAAAUAUUUUAUUUGGGAGGAUUUAAAAAUUAUUAGCUUGAGUUUAUAGAAUUUGCAUUUCGAGUCUGAAAUCUUUUAAAUGAGGAUUCUUUGCAUGUAUUUCAAACUCAAAAUGGAGUUAUAUACGAGUGCAAAGAAAUUAACUCCUGCUGAAAUUAUGUUUCAGUUUCCAGUAGUAAGUUGAAAUUGAAGUUUUAUUCCAACUGCUUGACUUUGAUAUUUCACAGACUAGCCCCAUGUUAAAAGAAGUAAUAGUUAAGUCUUUACCAUCUGUAAGGGUGACUUUGGUAUACUAUGGAUGUCCCAGUUCUGCCUUAAAGGUCUAGUUUUAAAAACCACCUAGUUUAGGUAACUGAAUCAAAUUCUUUUUAAAAUUUUAAUAAUCUAUUUGUCUCAAAUCAAAUUUUUGCUAAAAAAUCGGUUUCUCAAUUGCACACUUUUUCUGUGGUGCAUUGGGCAUUUAUAGCUUCUCACAGAUGAGAAGGUCUGGCUUUACUGUGGUUGCAUUAUUUGUUUUCAGGCAUUUAGAAACAUUCUUUUCAUGGAGGUAUCUAGGGGAAUAUAUUGUAACAUUCAAUAUCUUGUGGUUUUUUAAAAGGAAAAUAUGUUCCAAAAUAUACUAUUAAAAUAAGAAUUUGAGCAAAUCAAGGUUUCUAAGUUGCUCGUAACUCCAAAUGUAUAAAGAUGCAUUUGAAUUGACCUUUAGGUCCUUUAGUCUUUUGAAAGAAACUGAAAAUCGACAUAAUUGCUGACAUCAUUUUUUAUUAUUCAUGGAAGACUAUGUAUUUCUAUGUAUUAUGGAUUCCAUAAAAAGCAAAUUCACAUAAUUUCAUUGAAAGAGUGGCACAGUAUCUCCUAACAGGUACCACACACAACAGAUUGUGUCAAGUGGUUCUGGGCACAUACACACCUUCUUAGCCUUAACCACAGCUGGUUGAUGGCAAACAUCCUAUAGCUCUUGAAACUGAGUUCUGAUGCAAAACACAUGUGAUGUGUGUGAGAGCAGCAGAAAAGCGAGCAGGACCUGGAGUUGGAGGAGACACCACAACUGCUUGUCCCUUAAAGGCCACGAUGCUCCCAAUCAAUCAGGAAGUUCUUUCUUUGAAAUCCUUCCAGCCAGCAAUUCCUCCUAACACUCGGGGGACUUCACACCACAUCCCAUCCUCAUGCCACACCAUUAUAUUGUAUUAUUCCUGGAAGACUAUGUAUUACAUAUGUCGACUUUUGCAGUCUCCCCAAAUAUCCCCUAAGUUUCCCAGUCUAUUAUGGCAAAUUUACAAGUUUCCAAGUAUGUUCUUUCAUUGAAAAGAGCAUUUCAAUAUGUUUAAGAAGAGAUCAGACAAACCAUAAUUUAUUAAGAGGCAUGGGAAGCCACCCAGCAUUUAAUACCUGUUUACAAUAUGAGGCAACGCUGAUGAUGUUAUGGGCUUUAUUGAAAAAAAUCUAUAAUCUACCGUUUAACUUUUUCCUUUAAAGUGGUUUAGUAAUGAGGACUCUAUGUCUUGUUUCAGCUAAGAAUUUAGUAGGGCAUGUGAAUCCUCUAGAUACCCUUUCUCAGACCCCAUGCAAGAGGGGGAAGGAACCAAGGUAACUGUUCUGGGGAGAGGUCUGGCCUGUGGCACAUUAUUUGAGUCCAGCUUUUUAAUAGAGCAAAUUUAGGCAUGAGAAUGUUUCUUUAAAAAAACCAGCUUGCAAGCAAAAAGAUUACUCAGGGUGUUUUCCAAAGUAUAACACCCAAGGAUUUGAGUCCUAUCCGGAUCUCUUUCGUCCAGACUUCAGAUAGACUUUACUUGCUUUGAUAAGUUGUACCUUCAUUGGAAAGUAUUUUGAAUAGCAGCAAAGAAGUAGAGAUUGAUUUGUUUGCAUUGAAAAUGUUUACACUGAUUCACCCUAAGCAAUAGACAGUUUUGCUGUCAGACCCUAUAUUUAAGAUAAAAACAGUGAGAAAGAUUUCUAAAUCUCAAAGAUAAGUAUCUUAUACAUGUAUAACUCCAGCUGAAAACUUGCUAAACAUCAGCUGUAAUUUAUUUUUGUCUGUAUGUAAUUCUUUCUGUAAUUAAGUGCACAUUAGGUUAUUUGCUACUUCUUGGUUAAUGAAGCCUAAAAAUAUAGCUGUAAAUAAAAUGUCAUGUACUUUUAAGAUUUUUGUUUAUUACUUGGCUUGCUUCUGUAAUGAUUAUGUCUACUUUAUACUUGAGGAAUUUUUGCAUAUAUGAUCUCUUACUGUCUUGUAACUAGGAUAAAUUAUGAGAUUUUUGUAGUUACAAGAAUUUGUAAUAAUGACUUUUAGACAUUAUGGAUUUUUUUGAAAAAGCUACCUAAAAACUGCAGUAAAUAUGAUAGCUAUAUUAACAUAUAUAAUUUUUUUCUGAGAACAUGCAAUAUAUAACUAAGUGUCAUAAAGAUUUUUAUCUUAAUUUCUCUUUGUGAAAAUUUUCAAAAUAUAUCUAAUAGCAUUUUGAGAACACACCUUACUUAGAUCAAUAAGGUGGAAAAACUUUUGUCUUAUUUAUAAAAUGUAAGCAUACAUAAUUUAUAAAUCAGUGUUAUUCAGAUUUAUUGGCAAUUUAAAUAGCAAUUUAGUAUUCUUUAUUUUGGUUUCUGGCUGUGCAUUAUUUGAAGGGAUAAUGAAUGUAAGUAUUUCACUUAAAAUUUAAAAAUGUGUACUUUAUUUGUAUGUAUGUCACUUUAAAGUUUAUGCAAGUUCUAAGCAAUAAUCUGCAUGUUGUACAAGAUUAACAUACUUUGUCAUGACUAUUUAAUAUUAAUUUUAAGUAUGUGUAUAAAAUCAACACCCUGUAUGUAAAUCACCCCCCCAAUGAAAAUCUUGGGAUUUUCUUGUGUAAGAACCCUACUAUAAUGAGGUGCAAAGAGUAUUUUGUGAAAAAAAAAAUCAAUAAAGUCACAAUUAUUUAGUGCAAAAGUUUGAGUCUGCAAGGGGUACAUGUUAAUAGUAAUUAAUG